ACCAAUCCGCAGCCAGUUAGCGACACUUUUCUGAACAAGGCGGCAAAACGCGAAUGCAUACAAGUCAUGCAACAAUGCAAAGCUACAUGCAAAAGAAGAGGGCAUUAAAAGGUCUGUGAACAAAGAUAAUCACUGCACAAGAGAAGGCUGAGGUGAACCGCUCCGCCAAAUCAAAACAGACAGACAGUAUGGCGAUUCAACACGACAACAAGACAGUCAUACAUGUGAGCUGACUGGCAGCAGAGACGUCAUCCUCCUCACGCCCACUGAAUGACCACAGUCACAUUGAGUUCAUUAUUACAGGCCAACAGCACAAUAGGAGAUAAGAGCCGUUUGAAUGGCUGCUCUUGAACCUUGCUCUCUCUAAGUUUCACACAGGUGCAGUUCUCCGCUCACCUGCCAAUCCAGGAAAUGAAGGUCCCAGCAGCACUACCAGCACCAAUAUAAACACAAACAUGAUGUUUUGGAAAACCUGGCCAUAUCUACUGAGUUCCUGUUUAUUGCUGUGUACAACUGGAGCUGUCCCAGAUCAGUUCCAGUUGGAGCCUGUAAAUGUGACCAAGCUCCUCGGCUCUGAGGCCCAGUUCAAGGCCACAGUGGAGGGACUAUGGCCCAUGAUGUUCUGGCAGGUGGGAGAGAUUACAGUGCUCUCCAUCUCCUCUUCAGGUGAAGUAAUAAACUCCUUUCCGCAACACUCUGCCCGGCUCUGUGGAAAUGGGAGCAGCUGUGUGGAGUUCACCAUACAAAACCUCACACGCCAGGACUCCGGGCCAGUCACAUGCACAGUACAGGGCGAUUAUGGAUUCAAGACAUCACAGCUGAUUGUCCAAGAGAGCGGCAAUGUGAGUAUCUCAGGAGGAGACCGGACAGUGAAGCAGGAGGAGCAGGUGGAGUUUCAGUGUGAAGUCAUUGGAUGGUUUCCCGCGGCGACGAUUAGCUGGACUCUCAAUGGUUACGCAGUGAACAGCAGCCUGGUCAACACCACAGAUGUCCCAGAUGGGGAUAAGUACAACUCCACCAGUGUGAUCAAGUUUCAAGCCGUCCGAAACACCACAGUCACUUGUGUGGCUACUAUUCCCGCUCUCACAGGCCCCAUUUCGAGCUCGGUUCAGCUGGCAGUUAUUCCAAAGCCAACUGACUGGACAGUGCUCAUUGCCAUAGUCGUGUCCUUUUCAAGUUUUGCUCUGCUAGUUCUGUUGAUCUUUGGAGUCAUAUUCUGCUACAAGAGGAGAAAAGAGAAACAACCAACGUAUAAAGAGGAAAUUAUGAGACAGAGGACACAGAGCCAGUUAAGCAACACUCCACAGAGACAGGGUCAAGUCAACCCAGUGUUCACUAUCGACGGCCAGACAAGUUUACCUCCGAGUGAGCAUGACAGUGGGUUCUACCAGAGUAAUGGACUGACUUUACAUGAGCCAACCUCAUUGGAAAGCACCCACGCAGGAAACGGCUUCAACGCUGCCUACGCCAACCUUGAAGUGGGCUUCCCAAAGAAACACAGACAUGUCACUAUUGUAUAGAGGAGUUGAAUCCUCAUGGACCUUUUGAUUGUUCACCGCUGUGGCCUCCAGGGGGCAGUGUCUCCAUGAACUUGAGCAGAGGUACAGAUUUUGUGUGGAAAAGUUGUACCCUUCAUGCUUAUGCUUUACCAUUGUAUCGUAAACGAGGAGUCCAAUAUAUUUUAAAAUGCAGUUUGUAUUAUGUACAAUAAAUAUUUAUGUUUAUGUUUUAUUUAUGUAAAGAUAAAAUGUGUUGGUUUAAUAAGAUUUUCCAGCCUGCUCAUGUUUCAAAAAGGAAGUGUAGAACAUGGCUGAAUAAUUCAAAAUUGCAAUUUGAGUUGGAGAAAUAAGCAAAUAGAUAACAGUUAAUAGUUAACAGCAUAGACCUGUGAUAAUUUAAGAGAAUGCCCUCUGCAAAAAACAAAUACCAUCCAGUCUUUUUAUAGAAAAUUCUUGUUGUACCUGCAGUGGUGGAACGUAACAAAGCAAAAGUAGUAAAGUACUGUACUUAAGUAUACAUUUUAAGUAUCUGUACUAUACUUAACCUGAUGUUGAAGUGGAUACUUUUUACUUUUACUUCAUUACAUUUGAGAGCAGGCAUCUGUACUUUCUACUCUACUACAUUUUUUAACUAGACUGAAAAGUAAAUGUAUUUUUUUAUUAAAGUUUGAGACCUGCUGAAAUGCCUGAAGGGUUUAUUUUUAACACAUUCAUAGUCUGAGCAAACAAAAAUAUACAAAGAAAACCAGCUAAAAAACCCAGACUGAUUCAAUAGUUUCUAUCGAACAAAAUCCAGCACAAAUCUUUAUCAAAAUCUCCACAUUUGAAGCCCCAUAAGACCGCAAAAUCUGCAUAG